AUGAGUGGGCGUCUCAACAUGACCCAGGGUCAGCUGACGACCUUGAUUAACGAACGGAUUGCUGAAGCGUUAGCAACCCAAUCAGGGAGUCAACCCAUGCACACCCAAUCCCGCAUGGGCACCUUCAGGGCGUUCUUGGAGUGUAAACCUCCCACUUUCGAUGGCACUGGAGGGACAAUCGACCUUCUACACUGGAUCCGAAGAAUUGAAUAUACGUUCGAAGAAAGUGAAAGUCCUGCUGGCAAACGAGUAGAGUAUGCUACUGUCAUGUUGCAAGGGAAAGCGUAUUCUUGGUGGAACGCACAAGUUCAGAUGCUCGGGUUGGCAGACGCGAAUGCCACCCUCUGGAGCGACUUCAAGGAUUUGAUUAAGGAAGAGUUCUGCCACCUGGAUGACAUUCUGAAACUUGAAAUAGAGUAUUAUGGUUUGAAGAUGGAAGGAUCGGAGAUUGAGGCGUACACAAAGAGGUCCAACGACUUGGCUGCCUUAUGUCCUAACAUGUCACAACCCAUAUCUAGGUGA